AUGGCGCAUAACCAGGAGCUGUUAGCAGAGACCAACGUUAUCAAGUUCAAAGACCAGGACUUUAACUCCUUGCGGGAUCAUUGCCUAAGCAGGGGCUGGCUCUUUGAGGAUGAGACGUUCCCUCCCAUGGCUUCUUCCAUAGGCCAGAAGCUGCUCCAGGAAAAACAUCUCUCCAAUCUGGAGUGGAAGCGGCCCCAGGUGAACAUCAGCUGUAAAAUUAGCGAGACACUGCAGGACAACAUUCAAACCACCCUGACUCCCCCACCCCAGCAGAUGGCCACUGACUCCACCUUGGAGCAAGGCACAUGCUCGGCUCUCUUCCAGUUCUGGCAGUGUGGCCAGUGGGUGGAAGUGGUGAUUGACGACCGCCUGCCUGCCAUGGGCAAAGAAUGCCUCUUUGUGCGUCCUCGAAAAGACAACCAAGAGUUCUGGCCCUGCCUGCUGGAGAAAGCCUACGCCAAGCUGCUCGGAUCCUAUUCCCACCUGCACCAAGGCUACCUCCCGGACGCCCUGGUGGACCUCACAGGAGGUGUGGUCAGCAAGAUCAACCUGCGCUCCUCCCCUUCCCACCUGCUGACGGUGGUGAAGACAGCAGCCACGGAAGGCUCCCUGAUGACCUGUUCCACCCCAAAGCGGCCCACAGUCGAGGAGGAGGUGAUGGCGAACGGGCUGGUGAGUCAGCAUGCCUACACCGUGACCCGGGCCGAACAGAUUCAGUACAGAAGGGGCCAGGAGGAAAUUAUCUGCCUGUGGAACCCCUGGGGCAAAACCGAAUGGAGAGGGCGCUGGAGUGAUGGGUCUCGGAAGUGGCAGGAAACCAGUGACCCACGGAAAAGCCAGCUGUAUGAAAACAAGGAAGAUGGCGAGUUUUGGAUAUCAUGCCAAGAUUUCCAAGAGAAUUUCUCCUGCCUGUUUAUAUGUGCCCAAACUCCAAUCACCCUAGACCAUGGAAACAUGCUCCAUGAAAGAUGGUCCCCAAAGGUGUUUAUGAAUCAAGUGAUCCUGAGAAACGCUGCAGGAGGACCUCAGAGUGAUGCUCAGUACCCCUUCUCCGUGCAAGAGCACACCGAAGGCACCAACGUUGUCGUGUCUUUCACAGUCACUGGCAUGCUACCAAAUGUGGAAGCAGAAGACGAGGAAUUUCCACUAGAUUUCCAGGUGCUCAAGCUCCCACGGUUCCAGCAGUUCCAGGAGAGUCUGCCGCCCACGUUUUAUUCCCCAUUCAGAAAUGCUGUCCAGGGUAUAAAUUAUCAAACCAAGCACAACUUCACAACAUCCUUCCACCUGAGCCCCGGUACCUAUGUCGUGGUCCCUAAAACACAGAGAGAUGCAGCUGAGUUCUUGCUCCGAAUCUUCCUGAAAACGCCAGACAAUGACAGGAGCCUGAGAAGCAAUUUCAGCCUCAGAGCACCGAAGGAAAGUCUUUCAGAGACUCGCUCCCAGCAAAGCAUUUUCUACAGAUACGCUCAGCAGGGGCUGGACAUAGAUGCCACCCAGCUCCAGAGCCUGCUCAACCAGGAAUUCCUGACAGGACCCCCCGGGGACACGUUCUCCUUGGACGAGUGCCGCAGCAUCCUGGCCCUGAUGGACCUGCAAGUGAAUGGGCGGCUCAACCAAGAGGAUUUCACGAGACUAUGGAGGCGCCUUGUCACCUGCCAGCGUGUUUUCCAGAACACCCAGAAGAGCCUUGGAGUCCUCCUGAGCUCAGACUUGGGGACAGCCGUAGCGAAUACAGACUUCCUUGCAGGGAUCUCCAUCAGCGAUGAGCUGCUGGGUCUCAUGACCCUCCGGUACAGCAACAGGGCCCACAGGGUCAGCUUCCCCAGCCUGGUCUGCUUCCUGAUGCGGCUGGAAGCCAUGGCAAAGACUUUCCGUAACCUCUCCAAGGAUGGAAAAGGACUCUACCUGACAGAGAAGGAGUGGAUGAACCUGGUCAUGUACAACUGA